UCCGGUGUGGCGUGGUGGGUGUCCGCCGUUCAGUCUGACGGCGCGGGCGCAGCGAGCAGCGUGCGUAAUGGCGCUCACGCAGUUCACACGCGAGGAGGUCUCUCACCACAACCGCGCCGAUGAUGCUAUGAUCAUCAUCGAUAACAUGGUCUACAAUGUAACUAAAUUCCUGGAGGACCACCCGGGCGGACCGGAGGUUUUGCUGGACAACGCUGGAAAAGACGCUUCGCAGUGUUUCCAUGACGUGGGGCACAGCGACGACGCGAAGGCUUGGCGGCAGGAUUUCCUCGCGGGGGAGCUGGUGGAGCGUGACCGGCGGGAGCUGCGCGCGGCGCGGCCGGCGUGGGCGGGCGGGGAAGACACCCUGACGGUGGCGGCCAUCGUCCACGUGUGGGGGCCGCCCGUCGUGCUGGCCGUAGCGUCCACGUUACUCUAUUUCUACUUAUUCUCCUAGUGAAAAGCGUUUCUUUCGGCCCAAAAAAUAGAACAGUGCAGAACGGGUUUGCCAUUUUGCAGUGUCACGGUGACACUUGUAGCAUAAUUUGCGGUGGAGUCGGUGUUGGAUAGAUAAUAAUGUUGUUGAAGUAAUACCUACUCGUUGUGUAUGAAACAUGAUUCGUUGUAAAUGAGUAGCGAUGUUUCGGCAAUUAUGAUUCUACAUAAUUCUAUGUAAGUAUUUGCGUGUGGUGUCGCGUGCAGGGGGCAGGUCGGCAUUGGCAUGCGCAAUAAUAACUUGACUGGUUUCCGCCCGUGUCGGAAUAACUUGAAUUGUAAUGUGAGGCAAUACUGCCCGACCUGAGUAGGUGGGUACGAGAAGGUUAUGAACUUAGGUAUGAAUUUAUACUCAAAAUGUUAAUGUUGUGUCAUAAUUUAAAUAAAAUGAUGUUGUUUCAA